AUGCCGUCGUCGGCGCGAGCGGGGAGCCUGAAGGACCCCGAGGUGGCCGAGCUCUUUUUCAUGGAAGAUCCGGAGAAGCUCUUCGCCGACCUGCGAGAGAUCGGCCACGGCAGUUUCGGCGCCGUUUACUUUGCGCACGAUGUGCGCACCAACGAAGUGGUGGCCAUCAAGAAGAUGUCGUACAGCGGCAAGCAGUCCAACGAGAAAUGGCAGGACAUCAUCAAGGAAGUCAAGUUCCUCCAGAGGAUCCGUCACCCGAACAGCAUCGAGUACAAAGGAUGUUAUCUGCGCGAGCACACGGCCUGGUUGGUGAUGGAGUAUUGCCUGGGCUCGGCCUCCGACCUCCUGGAAGUUCACAAGAAGCCACUGCAGGAAGCGGAGAUCGCCGCCAUCACCCACGGCGCGCUGCAGGGACUGGCCUACCUGCAUUCGCACAACAUGAUCCACAGGGACGUUAAAGCGGGAAACGUCCUGCUGACCGAGCCGGGGCAGGUCAAACUGGCCGACUUCGGCUCCGCCUCCAUCGCGUCGCCCGCCAACUCUUUCGUGGGGACGCCGUACUGGAUGGCACCCGAGGUGAUCCUGGCCAUGGACGAGGGCCAAUACGACGGCAAGGCGGACGUCUGGUCGCUCGGCAUCACCUGCAUAGAACUGGCCGAGAGGAAGCCGCCCUUGUUCAACAUGAACGCCAUGAGUGCCUUGUACCACAUCGCUCAGAACGAGAGUCCCGCGCUGCAGUCCGGCGAAUGGAGCGAUUACUUCCGCAACUUCGUGGACUCUUGCCUUCAGAAAAUCCCGCAGGACCGACCGCACUCGGACGACGUGCUAGGCCACGCGUUCCUGCAGCGCGAGCGCCCCGACUCGGUCCUGACGGACCUCAUCGCCAGGACCAAAGACGCCGUGCGCGAGCUGGACAACCUGCAGUACCGCAAGAUGAAGAAGAUCCUCCUGCAGGAGACCCACAACGGACCCGCGCCGGAAGCCCCCGACCCGGACGAGGAGCCGGAGGCGGGCGGCGGUCGCGCCGGCACGGUGGACAGCGUGGGCAGCGGCCAGUCCGUCCCCAGCACGUCCAUCAGCGCCAGCUCGCGGAGCGGCUCCGUCGACAGCCUGGACGACGCGACGGGCGACGGCGAGCCGGAACUCGCCGACGGGGACCGCACCGUCGUGUCCAACAGCUCCGUCGUUCGCGUCGAACCGGAAGAAGAGGAGAGUCGCUCGGGCGACGGGGCGUACGGCGGGCCGCCGUCGGAGGCCCGGGCCGCGCCCGGGAAGCAGCGACGAAACCGCGAGCACUUUGCCACCAUCCGAACCGCCUCCCUGGUGACCCGCGAGAUGCAAGAGCACGAGCAGGACUCGGAGCUUCGCGAGCAAAUGUCGGGCUACAAACGCAUGCGACGGCAGCACCAGAAGCACCUGCUGGCGCUGGAGAACAAGCUGAAGGGCGAGACGGACGAGCACCGGCUGCGUCUGGACAAGGAGCUGGAGGGCCAGCGCGCCAAUUUUGCCCAGGAAAUGGACAAGCUGCUCAAGAAGCAUCACGCCUCCCUGGACAAAGACCUGAAGACGUUCGCCAACGACGAGAAGAAGUUCCAGCAGCACAUACAGGUGCAGCAGAAGAAGGAGCUCGGUGGCUUCCUGGAGUCGCAGAAGCGCGAGUACAAGCUGCGCAAGGAACAGCUCAAAGAGGAGCUGAGCGAGAACCAGUCCACCCCUAAAAAGGAGAAGCAGGAGUGGCUGUCUAAGCAGAAGGAGAACAUCCAGCACUUCCAGGCGGAGGAGGAGGCCAACUUGCUGAGGAGGCAGAGACAGUACCUGGAGCUGGAGUGUCGGCGCUUCAAGCGUCGAAUCCUGGUGGCCCGACACAACGCCGAGCAGGACCUGGCCCGGGAGGAGCUGAACAAGCGUCAGACGCAGAAGGACCUGGAGCACGCCACGCUGCUGCGGCACCACGAGUCCACGCAGGAGCUGGAGUUCCGCCACCUGGCCGGCAUCCAGAAGGCCCGCGCCGAGCUGAUCCGCACGCAGCAUCAGACGGAGCUGACCAACCAGCUGGAGUACAACAAGCGACGGGAACGGGAGCUCCGGCGCAAGCACUUUAUGGAGGUCCGCCAGCAGCCCAAGAGCCUCAAGUCCAAGGAGCUCCAGAUCAAGAAGCAGUUCCAGGAGACGUGCAAGACUCAGACCCGCCAGUACAAAGCGCUGCGCGGCCACCUUCUGGAGAGCGCGCCCAAGUGCGAGCACAAGGCGCUGCUCAAGAGGCUAAAAGAGGAGCAGACCCGCAAGUUGGCCAUCCUGGCCGAGCAGUACGACCACACCGUCAACGACAUGCUCUCCACGCAGGCCCUUCGGCUGGACGAGGCUCAGGAGGGCGAGUGCCAGGUUCUGCGCGUGCAGCUGCAGCAGGAACUGGAAUUGCUCAACGCCUACCAGAGUAAGAUCAAAAUGCAGACGGACGCCCAGCACGACAAGGAGCGACGCGAGCUGGAGCAGAGGGUCAGCCUCAGGAGGGCGCUGCUGGAGCAAAAGAUCGAGGAGGAGAUGCUGGCCCUUCAGAACGAGCGCCUGGAGCGCAUCCGCUCUCUCCUGGAGCGGCAGGCCCGCGAGACGGAAGCCUUCGACUCGGAGUCCAUGCGCCUGGGCUUCGGCAACACGGUCCUGGCCGACGUCGCCCCCGAGCCGCGGGGAGGCGGCCGCUGGCCGGCGGCGCGCCCGCGGGGCCAGCCCGCCGCGAGCCUCCGUCACCCGGCGGGGGCGGCGACCGGCGACGGCCCCCGGGCCUCGUCGGGGGGAGGGAGGAGCGAACGCGGCGUGAGCAGAAGCGCCAGCGUCGCCUCCGACGCCUCGCGCCUCUCCUACGCCUAG